UUUGAUAAGUUCUUUUAAUCCAUGAUCUGUCAAAUGUCAAACUUUUCUAUACCCGGUUGUCGGGAAUGCAAGUUGCUUUCAAUCUGCCUCUCUUUUUCCAAAAAAAAAAGAAUAACCUAAUCGAUCACUACUAUGGGCAAAUCCUCAAAAGACAAACGCGAUGUGUACUAUCGUUUAGCCAAAGAACAGGGUUGGCGCGCUCGAAGUGCUUUUAAACUAUUGCAGCUGGACGAGGACUUUAACCUUUUCGAAGGUGUUCAUCGCGCUGUCGAUCUAUGUGCUGCUCCCGGAAGUUGGUCGCAAGUGCUUACUAAAAAACUAAGUGAAAAUCACGAAAAGAAUCCUCAAGAACAAGAUCCCAAGAUUGUUGCAGUAGAUCUACAAGCCAUGGCGCCGCUGGAUGGUGUAGUUCAGCUCCAAGGUGAUAUUACCAAAAAAUCCACAGCAGAUCAGAUUAUCUCAUAUUUCGAGGGCGAACUGGCUGAUAUCGUUGUAUGUGAUGGCGCACCGGACGUAACGGGACUUCAUGACAUGGACGAAUAUAUCCAAGCUCAAUUGCUGCUCGCUGCCUUGAACAUUACUACGCACGUGCUUCGUCCUGGCGGAACCUUUGUCGCCAAAAUCUUCCGUGGCAAGGAUAUUACGCUCUUAUACGCACAGCUCAAGAUCUUUUUCCCGACUGUAACGUGUAGCAAACCAAGAAGCUCCCGCAACUCCAGUAUAGAGGCAUUUAUUGUCUGUCAAGGCUAUCAACCACCGGAAGGCUAUGUUCCCAACAUGGCGAACCCACUGCUUGACAUGCAAUAUGAUGAUAUGAACGAGUUGGUGGGUUCAAAUAGAGUCAUUGUACCCUUUACCGCAUGUGGAGAUCUCAAUGGCUACGAUGCUGAUCGGACAUAUCCACUUGAAGAAACACACAAAUCACUCGAUCCACUCCAGCCUCCUAUCACUGCACCGUACAAGACGGCAAUGGGUUUGAAACGAAGCAACUUUUACAAUAAAGUCGCCAAAUAAUUUUGUAUUUUUUAUUGCAUAUCUACCAGG